UAGCGUAAUCCAGUUUGUCGCUGAAGUACGAUUCUCAUACUUUCAGGCUAAACGCACAAUUCCGAGCGAACUGCAGUACAAAGCACAGAUAUGAAAACCACCUAGAUCAACCAACUCUAUCAACUCCCAUCACAUUCGCUGAUGACCUUGCAGUACUCAUUGAGGUGCCUGGAGCGUGUCCCUGAGGUUGUUGGAAAAUUGAUACGAGGUAUUUUUUCUGUUCAUUUGUUCUUGGUAAGAAUCGGUUGGGUGUUAGUGAAAUGGAUCAUCAAAUGGCUCCAGUGACACAUGUGAUGGAAAUGUCGCAAAUGACGUUUUACUGGGGGAAGAAGGUGACGAUCCUGUUCUACUUCUGGCGCGUGCAGUCGUGGGGGUGGUUUGCCGUUUCCUUGCUGAUCGUGAUUCUCUUAGCCAUGCUGCAUGAGUUCUUGUCGUUCGUCAAAUCGAGAUUUGUGUUGGGGUUGAAGCCAACAGAAGAAGACGGAGGCUUCAGAAGCUCUCAUCACAAAGGCGCAGUUCAGGGGAGCUUCUCCAGGAGAGCGUUGGAGUCCUUGAUGUUUGGGGUCAUCGUCGGGAUAAGGUACUUGCUCAUGCUCGCGUCCAUGUCGUUCAACGGCGGCGUAUUUAUCGCCAUUGUGCUAGGGCUCACUCUCGGCCACUUCCUGUUCCGCAGCUCGGACAUCGCAGGCAGCGACUGCGCUUGAGCACCGUGAUAGAUUCCAGUAGAGAGAUUCUUGCUUAGGUCCGCUGUAGCAGCAUCAUUAAUCUUGUGAUUCAGAUUUGUGUGUGAUAGAUGGUACCCUCAAUGAGGUAACAAAAUAUGUCAGAAAAGAAAUAAUUUGCAGCUUCUAGAUUUAUAUGCGAGGCCGCAUGAACAACAGGUUCUCAGUGGUACGCCGCCCUCGCAGUGGAUUCACGCUGGUUUGUAAAAAGAAAUGGAUGCAUUCGCAAGUCUCACGACAGCCAUUGCUGAGCUCUUUCGAUCCUCAUGUUCUUGAGUCCGUUUCUGUAGCUUUAAUUCCACCCUAGGGUUUUGUUCUUGUCGAUAUAUCUUUUGCUGAAAGAUUCUUUCCGAUCCGCAGUUGAUGAAUUCAAUAAUCACUGCUGGGACUGUACACAAUCCUAAUGAUACGGUCAGCAUGUUCAAAUUCCACAUGCAUCUAUGUAUAUACGUAGAAUUAUAAGGUGAAUUACAGUGAAAAAAUAUUUAUUGAAAGUAAACAUGUUUAGGUCAUAGAAGCGAAAUUAAAAGC